AGGACUGGUACCUGGUGACUAUUGGUAGCCUUGAAAACGUAUGGACUAUGGGUAAUCAAUCAUGCUGAGUCUCGUGGCAAUAUUUGUUUUUAGAAAAAGUUCUUAGAAACUAGCAGAAAAGGAGUUUUACGAAAAUUGGGGUUUUCAGGCUGUUUUCACUUAAUAUUUAAAAAUUCACUGUUCGCUCAAAAUACAUCAGACCGAGUUCAAAACUUCAGAAUGUAAAGUAUUUAGGCUGUUCUAUAUCCUAUUCACAGGAUAUCUAGAAAGAGAUUUUACAGAACUCUAAGGUUUUCUCGAAAGAUUUUCUGGAAAACCCAUUAACAAAAAUAUGCUUUUUCGAUUUUUCAAUCUUAUAAUCACGUUUAGCGGACAGAAUUGACCAUAUCCUGAAGUUCUGAACUAGUUCUGAUGUAUUUUGAGCGAACAGUGAAUUUUUAAAUAUUAAGUGAAAACAGCCUGAAAACCCCAAUUUUCGUAAAACUCUUUUUCUGCUAGUUUCUAAGAACUUUUUCUAAAAACAAAUAUUGCCACGAGACUCAGCAUGAUUGAUUACCCAUAGUCCAUACGUUUUCAAGGCUACCAAUAGUCACCAGGUACCAGUCCUGGGACUGGUAGGAAAUCCGAUACAGCGCCCAAGCCACGGAAAAUCAAGGUGUCGUUUGACUCCCGUCUUCAAGAGGACAUCUCGGGCUAUUAGUCCAUGAGAAAAAAGCAAUACAAUCCUAUUCGAAAUUUUUACACACGACCUGGUUUUUCAAAGAUCUCCUAGAAAACUUGUUUCAGGAAACUCUUCUGAGGACUCUCUAAGCUUGUUCACCCAUGCAUUGUACUCAGCAUCGUUAGGUAUUAGGUAUAUUCGUUUUGUACAAAAAUCACUUUCAUAGCAUCAGUUCGAAAUAAAAUAGUAAGUUUUUGUACAGGGGGUCUCCAGAAAACCUCUGAAAACCCUCUCAAAAGCCAUUAAUAUAGUUUCAAAUCAUAUGUAUUCUGAAAGUAGACACUUCAGACUAUCAUUGUAUGUGCUUAUCUCGAAAUCCGAGAAUCGUCAUUUCUGAGGGGAGGGUCCUUAAGAAAAGAAUGGGAAUGAAGACUUAUAUGAUUCUUAGAUAAAUUAAAUAUAUUUGAUUUAAUAAAAUCGUUUUCUCCUAGUUUAUUUUACAGACAGUGCCACAUAAGUGCAUUUGCUAUUUAUUAGCUAAUGCUCCAUUGCUUCAUUCCAAGAGAUUACGUACUAAUUUCUAUAAAUUAAGUUGUGAAAAAUAAUUAUAAAACAUGUGUAGCUUUUUUGCUAUUAUGGGACUCAAAGGGUUAAAUGCUGUAUGAAAUACUCAAUUUUAGAACUUCUAGGAAAAUGCCUGUAACUUUUUGAUGCAGAGUCAUACAGAGUUGUGCGAGGUCUUAUUUUGAUCAGAAACGUUUGCUCUACAAAGCUGUGUGUUUAGAAAAAUUUUAAUUGCAUUAGUAUCCAGGAAAAAGCUAUUAUUUGAAGUUUGGUUUUUCGAGGCUCCUAGAAAACUUGCUCAAAAUCCGGGAAAAACGACUUUUGUAAUCAAAAGCGAUACAGAUUCUGAAAGGAGACACUGCAGGCUAUCUUCCCAUGUGCUUAUCUCAAAACCGAUAUUUUGAACGAAAAUCACCAUUUCUGAGGGGGCUCCUAGUUGCUAAGUCAAGCACUUAAGAAUUUUUAUAAAACACGCUUCAGGACUUAAACCAAUAAAUUAAUAUUUUUUGUGACACGGCACCCUGCUCAGCUGUAUAUAUUUUGCUACCCAGAAGUGGAAACGGUUAGACUUUAAUCAUGUUUAUUCUCAUAGAAUUCUAAACUCGGAAAACCACUUAGACAUAUGAGGAAAAGAAAAGAGUGACCUCUAGGGAUGCUUACAUUCAGGAAAAAUAGAAAAAUCAAAGGAUAUGAUGGAUCAAAAUUAUGUUAGUUUAGCAUUAACAGUUUUAGAAGUCGUUAGACAAAUGACUAGUAACUCUUAUUUUUCUAAGUGGUUGGUAACGUUUCUCAACCAACCACUACUUCUUGGUUCGUUUGUUUAUUUUAUUUUAUUCUGUUCAUGAUUUAUGCAGUCACACAAAGCUACUUGACUAUCACUAGUUGAAUAAUUACAAUAUGGUAUCUUAACUCCUGCUAUAUCACAUUAACUUCGAUUCCUACAUAAUUUUGAUUGUGAAAUCAAUGCAUAGAUCGUCUAAGUAAGAAUUUUGGAAACAUUUAUGAUUAUAGUGACUGAUUACUUCCAUGCAGCUCCUUCCCGUGUUACAUCAACCAGUUGUCGAUUUAACCUUGUACAUCAUACGGAGCAUCAAAGGUUACCUAUAAGCUGUGUUUAUUUGUCGAAUAUGGUUACUUCCAGAUUGUAAUACGUAAAUUUGAUCGGUUUCAGAGAUCAAACAACGCCAGACUGUUCUUUUACCUAAACCUUUUUUUGACUUUCUAUACAUGCCUGGUCCCUUUUUCUUAUUUUCUUGUAAUCUUGAAAAUGAUUUUGCAGAAUUCUUCUAUAACUGUUUGUUCUUCCUUGUCACAUCCUAAAUAGAAUAAACUAAAACAGGAUGUUAGAAACGACAAGCAGCAUGUCAUAUUUUUCCUCAAAAAUUUACUAUUGUAUUUAAUUUUUAAUCGCGAUCUAUUCUACCGAAACAUUUCAAGCUUAUGCUUACUCCAGUUAGACAAGCGUCGAAGUCGCUUUUAUUUGAUAUAAAAUAGUCUUAGUUUCGCAAAAUCAGUUACAGAAAAAUUCUGCAAAAUCAUUCUUAAGAUUACAAGAAAAUAAGAAAAAGGGACCAGGCAUGUACAGACAGUGAAAAAAAAGGUUUAGGUAAAAGAACAGUCUGGCAUUGUUUGAUCUCUGGAAUCGAUCAAAUUUGCGUAUAGCAGUGUAAUCUGGAAAUAACCAUAUUCGACAAAUAAACACAGCUUAUAGCUAACCUUUGAUGCUCCGUAUAAUGUACAAGGUUAGAUCCUCUCGACAACUAGACCAUGUAACAUAGGAAGGAGCCGCGUGGAAGCAUUCGUCCACAAUGCUAAUGGGAUGCAACUGUUUUGCUUUUAUAAGCUUUCUGUUGUAUGUAAUGAGAUACAGCGAAGAUUUUCUUUGUCUCUCUUACAGUACUAGAGAGCAAGAUAAUCAAUUUUAUAUUUUUUAUAACAGAAACUAAAGAUCACUUGCAUUCAUUAAUACCGGCAUUUCAAAUAUGAUGACAGACUGAAAGACAUUCGUCUAUUACUGUACUUUUGUAUUGUUAUUAUAUUCAACAAGUAGAAUCUAUAUAUGUAUUUGUCUUAGUUCUUCGUUAGACUAUUUAAUUGACUCUGCAUCAUAGACCUUGGUCUGCUCGCUUAGUCAAAUUUUUUGCAACUAUCUUUUCUUACUAAACAGGAUUAGAGCAGACUAAAGAUCAUUUUUAUUUCUUUAUUUCCAUUCUAGACUUUUAUGGACGAGACACUGUCUGAAAAAGAGAAAAAGGUUAGUUUCACAAAAUUUCGUUCAACUGGACGACUUUGUAUUCCAGUAGGUAUUAAAAAGCUGUUCCUUAAGAGUGUUGUUCAAAAAUUUCGAUAUUUUCGCUCAGCUUCUGAUCAAAAAGAAAUGAUUGAAAUUGUUCGACGUCGUAGUAGCAUCGAUGAAAAUUAUGCUCCAGCUACAUCACAGAAUAGACAUUUGUCUGAAAAUACAUUACACAGUAGUACUUUGGAUCAAUCGAGAAACGGUCAUUCAUCAAGAGUGUCAAAAUCGCUUAGAUGUCUAAAAGAAAGAUUUGCUAGCCACAAACAUAACAGUGCCGAUGAUCCGAAAAAUGUUGGAUACUAUUUUGUAGAUUCGGAAGGUUUAGAUAUAGUUUUUAUCGACAACCCUAUUGGUGGAAAUGACAAUUAUUUAGAACAUACAAUAACUGCAUUUUCUGAUUCCUAUGAAAGUUCACCUCAGCAGGAUAAUGUUAAAUCGCGGCGAACCGAAUUAAGCAGUAAUAUUGAUAUAUUAACAACAACUCACGAGAAUCAACAACAAACUAAUGCGGAAAGUUAUCCUCUGUUUAACCGUUAUAAUCCUGUAAAUAUCAAACCAUCAGUUGAAUCACAAUCACUUAAAUAUUCAUUUUAUUCGACUAUGAUUGAUGUUGACUAUGGUCAAGCUACCUCAGCGGGUAUUGAAUGUGAUUCCCAAAUCAUCGUGCCAGAACAGACUCAUCUAUUCCCAAAUCGAUCGAUUUUUUGUAUACCCGAUGGUGCAAUUUCAACAGUACCUUCCACUUCCAGUUCUGGUUCUUCUUUAUCAAAAAUCGAUGAUCAAUGGCAUGAUUCAUAUGAUCAAAAUUUAAUGUCUCUAAACGAUGACGAGCAUAUUAUGUUACAACAAGAAGCUCUUGAACAAAUUAUACGCUUUCGUAUUUUAUUUGAAAAUAAACUAGAUGAUUUACGUCUAGACGAUGAUGAUGAUGAAGUUCAAACAAGUGCUGAAUUAUAUCAACAGGCUCUCAACAUGAAUGCAUUACUUAAAAAAGAACUAAAAGAAUUACAGGAUCAUCUUUGGACGUGUGACAGUUGUACAUUUAUUAAUAAAUCAUCUGCUGAUGUACGCGAUGACGUUUGCGAAAUGUGUGCAAGACCAAAUGAACAUCCAUAUUGGAACAAUCCGCGGGCGAUUAUUGAUGAACCGCAAAUGGAAUUUGACGAUCAUGAUAUUGGGCUCAUUGCGGACAAAGAAAUUGAUGAUUUUGAAAUUGAUUAUGAUGCUUCUUAUAAUGGUGCAACAAUUAGUGAUAGUGCUAAUGUUGCAGGAGGAAAAAAUCGUACACUAAGGAAAGAAAAUAUAACAUCGGAUGGAAUUAUUGAUGAUGAUUUUGAAUCUGAGUUAAGUGGUCAUGUAUCACCGGAAAUCCAUGAUACUGAAGAUCCCGAUUAUAAAUUAAUGCAAAAGAUUGCUUCAUUCGAUAUUGUUCAAUGUUUUGGUGAUGACAAAUUUGGUCGAAAAAUAAUUAUUUGUUCAGCUUGUCGACUACCAGCUGAAGAUGUAAUUAAAAGUAGUGAAUUUAAAACAGCUGAUAAAUUUUAUGAUUGUUUAUUGAAAUAUAUUUUACGUACAUUUGAUCAGUACGUAGAUAUGGACUAUGUUUUAAUCUAUUUUCAUCAUGGUUUACGCAGUUUCAAUCGUCCAUCUUACGCAUGGCUUUUACGUGCUUAUCUUAAAAUAGAUCGAAAAUAUAAAAAGAAUCUAAAAGCAUUUUACAUUGUUCAUCCAACAAAAUGGAUUAAAUUUCUUUGGCCAUUUUUUCGAUCAUUUAUUAGUGCUAAAUUUUCACGUAAAGUAUAUUAUAUAAACAAAUUGGGACAGUUAGCUGAUCAUGUUCGUUUGGAUCAAAUUACAAUACCAGUUGAAGUGAAAAAUUUUGACCCAUUUAUUCCACGUGAAAUUCCAUCAAGUUCAAUUCGAUCAACACAAAAGUUUAAUAUUUCACUUGAACAUAUAUUAAAUAAUGAGAAAAGUGAAACGAUACCGCUUGUCAUACGUCAAACAGUUGAAUAUAUUAAAAAAUAUGGUACAAUUAAACGUUGUUUUAUAGUAAAAAUGACAUAUGAACAAUACGGUGAUGUGCAUUUAGCCGCUUGUGUUUUAAAAACAUUUUUACGUGAACUAAGUGAACCAUUAAUGACAUACGGUCUUUAUUAUGAAAUUUUGGGACUUCAAGGUAAGAGUAAGUAUGCUUAA